AUGAAGGGCGUCUUCACCCCAGCGCUGCAGUCGAAGGAGCAGUGGCCGGAGUCCAUCCGCAAGGAGUUCGCGGGCGGAAUCCACCGCUACAUGGCGCAGCUCACCGAGCAGACGCACGAGCUCCGGGGCCAGACCAAGCUCUACGUCCCGUCGGAGGGGUACGAGGGCUACGACUCCCCCGACGCCGCCGCCGCGAGCAAGGAUCUCGUGCAGAGGCUCGAGUCCGUCGUCAUCCACUGGACGAGAAAGAUUCGCGAAGUCGUCGACGCAGACGCGCAGUCCCCGGACGAAUCCUUGGGCCCGCUGGCGGAGAUCGCGUUCUGGCGCAGGCGAGGCCAAGACAUGUCCGGCCUGAGGGAUCAGCUGAGGGACCCGAAGCUCGUCGCGACGGUGAGCGUCCUCGAGGCUGCCAAAUCAGCGUACGUAUCCGCGUUUUUGGAUCUGGGCGACGUCGUGCAGAAUGAGGCGGAAGCCGCAAGCGACAACGCCAAGUUUCUCUCCGCGCUGGAGGAACCGUGCGAGGCGCUGGCGGUGGCGAGAGCGUCCGACGUCGCGGCCUUACUGCCGCCCAUCUUGACGACGGUUCGCAUGAUUUGGAACCACGCGUCGCAUUACGCGACUCCCGAGCUGACGUACGGUUUACUUCGAAAGAUAUCCGCCGAGGUGAUCAACCGAUGCAAAGACCUGAUGGAGGUGUGCGAGGCGCAGGAGCAGUUCGCGGGCAAGAGCGGCGUCGCUCCGCCGGUGUUUGCGGGAACGAAAGGCCCAGAGAUCACCCGGCAGAUGUCCGAUAUCGAGAGGGAUUUCGUCGAGCUGGUGGAAUCACUCCGCGGUCUCGACUACCACCUCAUGGACAUCAAGGCGACCUCCUGGCACGACGAUUACAACACGUUCAAGGAGGGAGUCAAGACGCUCGACCAGCGCACGAUACAGGUGUACACGUCCGCGCUCGACGCCGCGUCCGGGCUCGAGGGGAAGACUGAGACCCUCGAGGCUCUCAACCAGAUGGCGAGAAGAGUCGGCGUCAAGCUUCACGUCGAGAAGCAAGUCGUCGGACUGUACGGGGAGUUCACCAAAGAGCUUGUGUCGGUCAGGAAACAGUUCGACUCCCAGAGGAGCGACCCGCCGGUGCACGCGAGCAUGCCGAGGCACGCGGGCGGCGCGAUGUGGGCCAAGCAGUUGCACGACAGGCUCUCCAAACCGUGGUCCAAGCUCGAGGUUGCGUGCAAGCUCUUCCCCAGAGUCGCGGAGCUGGACGAGUUGAAGGCGAGCUUCGAGCAGGCGUUACCCGCCAUCGAAAAGUACAUCAAGACGACGCACGAGCAGUGGAGCGAGUACGUCGAGGCGAGGAUCGAGCCCACGAUCGCGCAGAGGCUCGACGCGAGGCUCCUAGCCGCCGAGGAGGACGGGCGAAUCUCCAUGAACUUUGACAAGGAGCUCAUGAGCCUGUUCUCCGAGGUUGGCUUGUGGGAGAGGUUACAGAAGCAGGCGCCGUACAAGUGCGCCGAGCUCGCGUCGCAGCGCGAAAAAUACCGUCUCCUGCGCGAGAGCGUGCUGCAGGUGGUGUCCGACUACAACGGGAUCCUGGCGAUGCUCGACGUGAACGAGAGGGCGCUCUUUGCCGAUCGCAUCCGAUACCUCGACAAGAAAAUCGCCCCGGGCCUUCAAAAAGUCUCGUGGACCUCCUCAAAGUCCAUACAGGACAUGUUCAUGGCGGACGCCGGGAAAUUCUGCGCCGAGGUGAACAAGGCGGUGACCCUGUACAAGGACACCAUGCGCAAAGUGCGGCAGAACCUCGCGCUCGUGGCGGAGACUCCGGUGAUCAAAAUCGUCCGAAAGAAAAUUUACGCCGACGGUGAAUUCGCCGCGGCGCAAAAGUCGCACAGGGAGGAGACCGUGGCACGGUUCAAGGAGCUUCACGAGGAGAUGCGCGUGGCGCUGGGCAAGUGCUUCGCGCGGACGUUCGCGCAGGACAGCGAGGACGUCCAGCGCGAGUGGCGUCGCGUGACGCGAUCGCUCGACGACGACCUUCGAGAGUCGCUUCGAGUUGCGGUUAAAAAAUCUCUGCAGCAACUGGCCAGGGCGCUCAACGGCGAUAAGCGCACGGAGGUGGUGCCCAUGUUCUCCGCGGCGAACAUGCUGAAGGACGACAAGGCUGUGAAGCUCGCGCCCGACACGCAGGGUAUCUUCGACAUGAUGCACGAGGUUUCCAGGGAGCUCAUCGGCGUCGUGAAGGAGGUUCCGCGACUCGGCCCGGAGGAUACCGAGGACGGGGAGGAGUUACCCACCUUCUACGACGUCAUCUCCGACGACGAGGACGCCGCUCUCAAGCAGAUCAUCGCCAUCGAUAGCGGCCUCGGCAAGAUCGUCGACCCGGUCGCCACGUUCGUGGCGCGGUGGGAGGCGUCCUACAGGCACGUGUGGGAGACGGAUAAGGAUCAGUUCAUCGCCCGGUACCGCAAGGCGAAGAAACCGCUGGCGGAUUUCGAGGCGGACAUCGAACGGUACCAGGCGCUCUUGGAGCAGGUGACGCGCGAGGACGGCGUCGCCAACCUGCUCUUCCUCCGCAUCGACAGCGCGCCUCUCAAGUCGUCCCUCAAAUCUCACUGCGAGGAGUGGAAGAGGCGGUUCACGACCCUCCUCCUGGAGACUGCCGACGAGGAACUCGCGGCUCUCUACCGUCACUUCGAGUCCAACACCAAGGAGCUGGUCACCGCGCCGACGAACCUCGACGAGCUCGCCGCCAAGGUCAACGUCCACAAGCGGAUCAUGGAGACGAAGGAGGAGACCCACGGGCGGUUCGCGCCCUUACGCGCCAUUUACGCCUCCUUGCACAGGAUGGACGUGCCCGCGCCCGCCGAGCGCAUCGCCGAGCUCGACGCCCUCGACGACAGCUGGAUGACCUUUGUCAACAUGCUCUCCAAGACGGCAGCGGACCUCGACGAGGCGAAAGAGACGUUCCAGGAGAAGCUGGGCAGGACCGUGGACAAGUUCGUGCAGGACGUCGUCGACCACAGGGACGCGUUCAUGGCGGAGGCGCCCAAGAAGAUUGAGACGCCCGACGCCAGGCUUUCUCUGGACGCGGCAAAGGCUUUCCUGGCCGCCGCGGCGGAAAAGUCCGCGGGUUUCCGCGCGAAGGAGGAGGAGCUCAAGGCGGGCAUGGACAUAUUCGCCAUGUCUCGCCCGCCCCUCAAGGAGCUCCUCGAGACGGAGAAGGAUACACAGCUGCUGAACGACCUGUGGGCCAUCUGCGAGGAAUGGAUCGGCGUUUACGACGGACUCAAGGAUGGCAAGUUCAAGGACCUGGACGUCGAGGUCAUGGAGAAUAUGGCGGUGGGCAUCGGCAAAAAGCUGCAGAAAAUCGGCAGGGAGGUGAGCGAGUGGACCACCUGGUCGUCCAUGAAGACCGUGGUGGACGAUUUCAAGAAGACGAUGCCGCUCAUCACCGACUUGCGCAACCCUGCGAUUCGUCAGCGACACUGGGAUCAACUCAUGCAGGAGUGCGGCGCCACCUUCGACCCGCACGGAGACGACUUCACGUUGGGCAAGGUCACCGAGAUCGGCCUUCACAACCACGACGAGUUCAUCGGCGAGAUGUCCACAAACGCCACGAAGGAGCUCGCCAUCGAGAAGACGUUGGAGGGCAUCGAGGAGACCUGGCGCGCUCUCGACAUGGACAUGGUUCCCUUUCGCGAGGGCAAGGAGAUUUACAAGCUCCGCUCCACCGACGACGUGUUCGCCGCGCUCGAAGAUAACAUCGUCACGCUGUCGACGAUGAAAGCUUCCAAGUACUUCGUCGUCUUCGAGACCCCGAUCAACGCGUGGGAGCAGAAGCUUGGGUUGGUGUCCGAGGUUGUGGAGAUCGUGCAGAAGGUUCAGAUGUCGUGGAUGUACCUCGAGAACAUCUUUGUUGGAUCAGAGGAUAUCCGUAAGCAGCUGCCGCAGGAGAGCAUACUGUUCGACAGCGUCAACGACUCCUUCGCCAAAUACAUGCUCGAGAUGAAGACGCUACAGAACGUGAUCAAGGCGUGCACCGGUUCGCAGCCUGAUCCCACCCCUGGCGUCGACAACGCGAUGCUCGAGCGGUUCACCAACAUGGACGAAAAACUGGAGAAGAUCCAGAAGAGUCUGGAGAACUAUUUGGAGAAGAAGCGCCAGCAGUUCCCCCGUUUCUACUUCAUAUCCAGCGACGACCUGUUGGAGAUCUUGGGCCAGGCCAAGAACCCGCCCAACGUUCAGCCGCACUUCAAGGGGAUGUUCGAGGGCAUCAAGAAGCUCGAGAUGACCAAGCCCGGCACCGACGGCAGAAAAACCUUUGCGUCCACCGCCAUGCACUCCCCAGAUGGCGAGACCAUCCCGUUCAACGAACCGGUCAUCACCGACGGCAGACCGGAGGAGUGGCUCAACGACGUCGAGGCUGCGAUGUACGCGGCGUGCAAGAAAUCGCUCUUCGAGACGCUAACACACAGCAAGGGCAUGAAGAAGGAGGCUUGGGUUCGAGAGUAUCCGGGGCAGAUGAUAAUCUCCGCGGGAUGUAUGGUGUGGACCACCGAGUGCGAGAAGGCCCUGUCCGAUCCCGACACCGCGAAAACCGCCGUGCGCACGCUGAAGAAGAAGUGGGUGAGCUACCUGUCCAAGCUCGUGACGCUCACGCGGUCCAAGCUGGACAAGGUGAACAGGAAAAAGGUUGUCGCGCUGAUCACAAUCGAGGUUCAUGCGCGAGAUUCCAUCGACAAGCUGGCCAAGGCUGGGUGCACGGCGCCCACCGACUUUGAGUGGGUGUCGCAGCUCAGGUUCUACUGGGAUCAGGAGCAGGACGACUGCGUGGUCAAGCAGGUGCUCUCCGUGUUCUCCUACGGGUACGAGUACCAAGGAAACAACGGGCGCCUCGUGGUGACGCCGCUCACCGAUCGGUGCUACAUGACGCUCGGAGCCGCGAUGUUCACCCGCCGCGGCGGUAACCCGCUAGGUCCCGCGGGUACCGGCAAGACGGAAACGGUUAAGGACUUCGGAAAGGCGCUCGCGAGAUACGUCAUCGUCUUCAACUGCUCCGACGGCGUCGAUUACAAGAUGACGGCGAAGAUGUUCAGCGGCUUGGCGCAAACUGGAGCGUGGGCGUGCCUGGACGAGUUCAACCGUAUCACCGUCGAGGUGCUCUCGGUUGUGGCCACGCAGAUUGGCGUGAUCAUGGCCGCGGUUAAAGCGCGCGCCAGCACGUUCUUCUUCGAAGGACAAACGAUCCGUCUGAUUCCCUCGUGCGGCGUGUUCGUCACGAUGAACCCUGGCUAUGCCGGACGCGCCGAGCUGCCCGAUAACCUCAAGGCUAUUGUUCGCCCGGUUUCCAUGAUGGUGCCCGACUUUUCGCUGAUCGCCGAGAUCAUGAUGUUCGCGGAGGGGUUUUCCUCCGCGAAGCCCCUCGCGAAGAAGAUGGUGGCCAUCAUGGAACUGUCGCAGCAGCAGCUGUCGAAGCAGGAUCACUACGAUUACACCCUUCGUUCGUUUGUGAUUCCCAUCUCUCGCGCAGCGGGUGCGUUCAAACGGGUCGACCCCGAGGGAAGCGAGGAGGCCAUCCUCUACCGCACCAUGCAGGACUUGAUCAUGCCUAAGCUGGUGUACCUGGACCUGCCGCUGUUCCGCGCGCUGCUCGGUGACCUGUUCCCUGGUGUGGAGCUCCCCGAGGAGACAGAAAGCGACUUGAAAUCCAUGCUCGAGCGCAAGUGCAGAGAGAUGGGCCUUCAGGUUGUGGACGACUGGAUCACCAAGAUUAUCCAGAUUUUCGACUGCAAGGUUGCCAGGCACGGCAACAUGAUCGUCGGGCGGACAGGCGCGGGUAAGUCCGCCGCGUGGAAGGUGCUCAAGGCGGCGAUGGCGCAGCUUUGCGAAGAUGGCAAGGGCGAGGGCGAGUUUCAAAAGGUUGAGGUGUACACGAUCAACCCGCUGGCGCUAUCCAACGACGAGAUCUAUGGAUGCUUCGACCCCGGGACGCACGAGUGGCGCGACGGCAUCCUCGCUAGGGUUAUGCGCAACAUCUGCAAGGACGAAUCGCCCAAUCAGAAGUGGACGCUGUUCGACGGCCCGGUCGAUACCCUGUGGAUCGAGUCGAUGAACACGCUCCUGGACGACAACAAGCUCCUCACGCUGUUGUCCGGCGAGCGCAUCAUGAUGGCGCCGCAGGUUUCGAUCCUCUUCGAGGUCGAGGACCUGUCCCAGGCGUCCCCGGCGACGGUUUCGCGCGCGGGUAUGAUCUACCUCAACACCGAGGACCUCGGAUGGUGGCCCUUCGUCACGUCAUGGCUCGAGCAGCCAGAGUACGCCGAGGACAAAAUCCUGGUCCAGACGCUGACGGCUAUGCUGGAGAAGUACAUGGAGGAAAGCCUCGAGUACAGGCGGCUGCAGCUGAAGGAGCUGGUGGACACCGAUCGACUCGCCUCCGUCCGACAGUUCUGCGCUCUGUUCGACGCGCACCACGACGCGGAACACGGCAUCGAUCCGAGUCUGUACCCCAAUCUCGAGGAUGAACCCGAGGCGUACGUGGCGAUCAUCGAGCUCACCUUUCUGUUCUGCCUCAUCUGGUCCGUGGGCGCGACUCUCGACGACGACUCGAGGAAAAAGUUCGACGUGUUCCUCCGCGAAAACGACACCAGGUGGCCGCACGAUCAGACGGUGUACGAGUACUUCGUUGACGCCAAGGCCAGGGAGUGGGUGCUGUGGGAGAAGCAGCUGACCACGUACAGGCCGCCGCCGGAGAUGCCGUUUUUCAAAAUCAUGGUUCCGACAGUGGACACCCUGCGCUCAAAAACGAUCGCGCUCACGCUGUCGGGCAUCGGGCGGCACGUGCUGAUCGUGGGUAACGUGGGCGUGGGCAAGACGAUGGUGGCGCAGUCGUGCCUUGACCACCUGCCGGAGAACAAGAGCUCCAUGAUCAUCAACUUCUCCGCGCAGACCAGCAGCAACUCGCUUCAGAAUACCAUCGAGGGCCGCCUCGAGAAGCGGAGCAAGGGAGUUUUCGCGCCUAGCGGCGGUAAGAAGAUGGUGGUGUACGUCGACGACUUCAACAUGCCGCAGAAGUCGGUCUUCGGUUUCAUGCCACCGCUGGAGCUGCUCAAGCUCUGGGCCGAUAACGGGUUCUGGUAUGACCGUGAGAAGCAGGAGGUGAAGACCAUCAAGGACAUCCAGCUGAUGGCGUCGAUGGCCCCGCCGGGCGGUGGCCGUAAUGCGUUCUCGCAGCGCAUCAUGUCGGUUUUCUCCGUGCUGAACAUGACGAAUCCCUCGGAUCUGCAGCUGCACCGCAUUUACAGCACCCUGCUCAACGAUAAGCUGUCGCAGUUUGACGACUCGAUCAAGCCGCUGGGCGAUCCAAUCACCAAGGCGACCAUCGAGCUCUACUUCAACAUCGCCGAGGAGCUUCUGCCUACGCCUGCCAAGUCUCACUACCUGUUUAACACGCGAGACCUCGCGAAGGUGAUCCAGGGAACCAUGCAGGCGACCCGACAGUACUACGAUUCUCGCGAGACGAUGCUUCAACUCUGGGUGCACGAAUGCUUCCGCAUCUUUGGCGAUCGCAUGUGGGACAUGGACGACAAGGCGUGGCUCAAGAAGCAGCUCGACCAAAAGCUCAACCAAAAUCUCAUGAGUUCCUGGGACGCGCUCUUCGGUGAGGCUGAUAAGUUCCCCUUCUACGGCGAGUGCCCGCCGUUUGUCUCGUUCCUUCGAAACAACGUGGACAACCCGCCUUACGAGAUCGUCUCCGACAGCAAAAAGCUCAAGGAUAUGCUCACGGAAAAGCUCGAGGACUACGCCAUGGAGCCCGGAUACUCCGCGAUGGACUUGGUGCUGUUCAAAGACGCUCUACUGCACGUGUGCCGCAUCCACCGCGUGUUGAUGCAGCCGAGGGGAAACGCGCUCCUGGUCGGCGUCGGCGGCUCUGGUCGCAAGUCCCUCGCCAGGCUGGCGACGUACGUCGCCGACCUGAAGUGCUUCAGCAUCGAAAUCACCAAGAACUACAGGCAAACCGAGUUCAGGGAGGACCUCAAGUCCUUGUUCAAGCAGGCGGGCGUCGCGGAUAAGCCCACGGUGUUCCUUUUCGACGAGACGCAAAUCGUCGUCGAGACGUUCCUCGAGGAUAUCAACAACGUCCUCACCUCGGGCGAGGUGCCGAACCUGUUCACCAAGGAUGAGCUCGGUGGCGUGUGCGAGGACGUCCGCGCCAGCGCCAAGAAAGACGGCGUCAAGGCUGACACCCAGGACCAGCUCUACUCGUACUUUUUGAGCAGGGUUAUCAGGAAUCUGCACAUCGUGCUCUGCAUGUCGCCAAUCGGCGAGGGUUUCCGCGAGCGGUGUCGGAUGUUCCCGGGUCUCGUCAACUGCUGCACGAUCGAUUGGUUCACCGAGUGGCCCGCGGACGCGCUCCGCGAGGUUGCCAUGAAACAGAUGGAGGAGGAGAAGAGCAUGAGCCAGGAGGUGAAGGACAACCUCUGCUCGGUGUUUGCCUUGAUCCACUCGUCCACGGCGCAGAAAUCGGCAGAGAUGCUCGCGGCGCUCAAGCGUAAAAAUUACGUCACGCCCACGAAUUACCUUGAGUUUGUGCGCGGCUACCGCACGCUGCUCCUCGAGAAGACGAAGGAGAUCGGCGGUAAACGCGAUAAGCUCCGCGGGGGCCUGACCAAGCUGGACGAGACCGGCGUGCAGGUUGAGGAGAUGUCCGUCAUCGCCGAGGAGAAGCGGGUGUCGGUGGCGCAGGCAAAGGUGGAUUGCGAGGAGCUCCUGGUGGUCAUCGUGCAGGACAAGCGCGCGGCCGACGAGCAGGAACGGCUGGUCAAGGCGGACGCGGAGAAGAUCGGCGAGGAAGCCAAGGAGGCGAACGCCAUCGCGGCGGAGUGUGAACGUGGGCUCGCGCAGGCUAUGCCCGCGCUGGAGGCCGCCUCCGCGGCGCUCAACGUGCUCACCAAGAAGGACAUGUCCGAGAUGAAAGCCUACGCCAAGCCUCCCGCCAUGGUCGAGCUCUGCCUGCAGGGAGUGAUGACGGUGCUCAAGAAAACGCCGACGUGGGAGCAGGCGAAGAAGGAGCUCGGCAAGCCCGAUUUCCUCAACACGCUCAUGAACUACGACAAGGAUAAGCACCUCAACGACGAGCUCCUGAAGAAGAUUAAGAAAUUCGUCGACAACCCGGAUUAUGAACCGGAGAACAUUGGCAAGGUUUCCGGAGCGGCUAAGGGUCUAUGCCAGUGGGUGCACGCCAUGUACGUGUACGGCGGGGUCAAUAAGGAGGUGGCGCCCAAGAAGAAGAAGCUCGAGAACGCCCAGAAGGCUCUCGAGAAGAAACAGAAGGCUCUCGCCGCCGCCGAGGAAAAGCUCCAAGCCGUCCUCGACAAGGUCAAGGCUCUGCAGGACAAGUACGAGGAAUCGACGGGCAACAAGAAGGCUCUGGAGGACGAGUUCGAGGACCUGUCGCAGAAACUCGCCCGCGCCGAGACCCUCGUGAGCGGCCUCGCGGGCGAGAAGAUCCGAUGGGAGGAAUCCAUCGUCAAGUACGAGGCUGAAAUCGCGUGUCUUCCCGGCGACGUCGUCAUCGCGGCGGCGUUCAUGUCCUACGCGGGUCCGUUCCCCUCCGACUACCGCGAGGCCUUGGUCAAGCACACGUGGCUUCCCGAGGUGAAAAAACUCGAGAUUCCCGCGUCGGACCAGUUCGAUUUCGCGCUCUUCCUCGCGGACCCCUCCGACGUCCGCGACUGGAACAUCAACGAGCUGCCGGCGGAUGCGUUUAGCACGGAGAACGGCGUGGUGGUGACCCGCGGCAGACGCUGGCCGCUGCUGAUCGACCCCCAGGGCCAGGGGAACAAGUGGAUCAAGAACACCGAGAAGCCCAACGGUUUGGUCACCGUGACUCUGAACAUGUCGGACAUGGUUCGCAAGAUGGAGAACGCCAUCCAGUUUGGCGAUCCCGUCCUCAUCCAAGACGUCGGCGAAGAAAUUGACCCGAUUCUGGAACCCGUCCUGAGCAAGAGCUUCAUCAAGAAGGGCAACUCGCUGUGCAUCAAACUCGGGGACAAGGAGGUGGACUACUCGCCGGACUUCAGGCUGUACCUCACUUCUAAGCUGUCCAACCCGCACUACACUCCGGAGGUGUCCACGAAGGUGACAAUCGUCAACUUUGUCGUCAAGGAGCAAGGGCUGGAGGAUCAGCUCCUCAACGUCGUCGUCGAGAAGGAGCGGUUCGACCUGCACGAGCAGAGCGUCACGCUCGUGCGCAAGGUUGCCGAGGGCAAGCGGACCAUCCUGGAGCUCGAGGAUACCCUCCUCGACCUGCUGUCCAACGCGGACGGCUCGCUCCUCGACAACAUCGAGCUCAUCAACACCCUGAACAACUCCAAGAUCACAUCCGACGAGGUGACCGAGUCGCUCAAAAUCGCAGAGGCAACCGGCAAAGAAAUCGCCGAGGCGUCCGCGCUCUACCGACCCGUGUCGAUACGCGCGGCGAUCCUGUACUUCGUCCUGUACGACCUCGCCACGGUCGAUCCGAUGUACCAGUUCUCGCUGGACGCGUACAAGGAUCUCUUCCUGUUGUCCAUCGAGAAGGCUCCAAAGUCGGAGGUGCUCGAGGAGAGAAUCGAACACCUCAACUCGUACCACACCUUUGCUGUGUACAAGUACACCAGUCGCGGUCUGUUCGAGGCGCACAAGCUGCUCCUGUCGCUGCAGAUGUGCGUCAGGAUCCUGCAGAGCGACAACCAGGUGGACAUAAACGAGUGGCAGUUCUUCCUCCGCGGCGGUAUGGUGCUGGACCGAUCGGAUCAGCCCCCAAAUCCGGCACCGGAGUGGAUCUCGGAGCUCGCGUGGGACAACGUGGUGGAACUCGAGCAGCAGGUGCCGCACUUUAUCGGCAUCACCAAGUCGUUCGAGGACAACCCGGGGGAGUGGGAGGACUGGUACAGGAACGCCGAGCCGGAGAACCCGCGCGCCGCGGCGCUUCCCGGCGAGUGGGAGCCCAAGUGCAACGAGCUGCAGAGGAUGCUCCUCGUCCGAUGUCUCCGGAUGGACCGGGUGGAGAAGGCGGCGACGACGUACGUCGCCAACUCGCUCGGUAGAAAGUACGUGGAGCCCCCCGUGCUGGACCUUCACGAGUGCUACGGGGACUCCACGCCGUUCGCGCCGCUCAUCUUCGUGCUGUCGCCGGGCGUGGACCCGACGGCGAAUCUGGCGCAGCUGGCGGCGCAGAAGGUUGGCGCCGACAGGUUGCAUUCCGUCGCGCUGGGGCAAGGCCAGGCGCCGGUGGCCACCAAGCUCAUCGCCGAGGCGUGCGUCGAGGGCAACUGGGUGUUCCUCGCGAACUGCCACCUGAUGCUGACGUGGCUCCCCGAGCUGCAGAAGAUCAUCGAACGGUUCGAGGACGAGCAACCUCACGAGAACUUCAGGCUGUGGCUCUCGUCCAACCCGACGCCUCACUUCCCGCUGGCGAUUUUACAGCGGGGUUUGAAGAUGACCACCGAGCCCCCCAAGGGUCUUCGCGCCAACCUGUCUCGCCUGUACCAGACGUGCGUCACGCAGGCGUCGUUCGACGAGUGCAGGUCGCAGGGAAAGUACGGCAAGUUGCUGUUCGCGCUGACGUACUUUCACGCCGUCAUGCUGGAGCGACGAAAGUUCCGGACCCUGGGCAUCAACAUCCCGUACGAUUUCAACGACACCGACUACUCCGUCUCCGACGACGUGCUCAAGGCGUACCUCGACGCGUACGUGGAGACACCCUGGGACGCGCUCAAGUACCUCAUCAGCGAGGCCAACUACGGCGGACGCGUGACGGACGAGAUCGACAGGAGGGUUCUCGCGGGUUACCUCAACCAGUUUUUCUGCGAAGACGCUCUCAACGUGCCCCAGUAUCCGCUGUCGAGCCUGGAGGAGUACUACAUCCCGACGGAGAGCGGGCUGGACGUGUACCGCGAUUACAUCCAGACUCUGCCGCAGCAGGACAAGCCCGAGGCGUUCGGGCAGCACCCCAACGCGGACAUCUCGUACAUGAUCACCGAUUCCACCAUCACGCUGGAAUCGUGCCUGGCGCUGCAGCCCAAGACGGGUAGCGCGGGCGCGGGUGGCGUCAAAAUCGAGGAUACGGUUUUGGGAAUCAUCGACGACAUGCUGUCGCAAACGCCGCAGCCGUUUAACCACGAGAAGCUCAUGAAGGACAAGGCGGACGACCCCUCGCCCUUGCACGUGACGUUGUUCCAGGAGGUGGAGCGCUACAACAUCCUCCUCAACAACAUGCUCAGCACGCUCAACAUGCUAAAGAAGGGCAUCAAGGGUCUGGUUGUGAUGUCCUCGGAUCUGGAUUCGAUUUUUGAGUCGCUCGCGAACAACAAGGUUCCCGCCAUCUACCUCAAGGCGUACCCGUCCCUGCGACCGCUCGGCUCGUGGACCCGCGAUCUGCUGAUGCGCCUCGAGCAGAUCGAAGGCUGGAUCGAGAACGGCUACCCGCGCGUCUACUGGCUCGCGGGUUUCACCUACCCCUCGUGCUUCCUCACCGCCGUCUUACAGACGACGGCGCGCAAAAACGCGAUUCCCAUCGAUACCCUGUCCUUCGAGUACAGCAUCAUGGACGCGCCCGAGGAGAAGAUCGGCCCGCAGCCAAGGGAGGGCGUGUACAUCAAGGACAUGUACCUCGAGGGCGCGGGCUGGAACUUUGACGACCAGUGCCUGUGCGAACCCAACCCCAUGGAGCUCAUCGUGAACAUGCCAAUCGUUCACUUCAAGCCGUCGGAUGCCAAGAAGAAGCGGAACCCGGCUGAGAUUUACCAGUGCCCGCUGUACAUGUACCCGGUGCGGACGGGCUCGCGCGAGCGACCGUCGUUCAUGGUGUUCGUGGACCUCAAGGCUGGCGACGGCGACUCGGAUUUCUGGGUCAAGCGCGGCACGGCGCUCCUGCUGGCGCUCGCGACGUAAUACGCAGAUGCAAAAUAUUUAUAGAUUUCAUAGCCCGGAGCAGGUGAACACCGCUCCACUUUGUAACAUUAGACGUAGAAGUUUGAUCGAAUCAUCAUUCAC